UUCCUUUAAAAGACUGGACUUCUCGACUGCCCUGCAUUGACACUGUACAGUAAACUGGUGAAAAGCUACUGACAAUCACGCUCAACCCUUCAUCGGACAGUUCACCAACUCUAAACCUGCAUAUCACUGAGUGGGCCCCUCUGUUGAUGACAUUCCUAACUGUCACCCAGAUGCUUCCAUGACCAGGGUUGAAAGCCUGAACUGAAACCUCACUUGUGUAUGGAACCCCCCUGGUUUAAACCUACACAAACCAACCUUGAGGGGGGUUGCUAUUUGGAGCUAAAUAUGUUUCAUCUGAUCAAGAAAGACAAGGAUGAGAGGAAGAAGGACAAAAAGGACAAAAAGGAGAGGAUGUCCCAGGCAGAGCUGAAUAGUCUGGCGGAAAUGAGCCAGCGGCGGGGCUUCUUCAACCUCCACCGAGGAGUCUCUAAGCGGGACAACAAAGGCAAACUGGAGAUCUCCAGCCCCAUCCCUAUUAAGGUAGCCAGCAACACAGAGCUCAGCCUUACUGAUCUAGAUGCUGAUCGCUUCAGCAACCGUGGCAGCAUGGUCCUGGACUUGGGCCAGAUGAGUGCCGCCAGCUCCAGUGAUGACAUCAAGGGGGAGUGGGGACAGGAUCCCUGUCGCACCUCUGUUAAGGAGCGAGCGGCAAAGUUCGGCAGCUUGGCAAAGCAGAACUCCCAGGUGGGCCAGGUCAUGAAGCGCUUUUCCUCCCAGAAAAACAAAGAGGAGAGUGUCUCUGAGGCCUCCACACCAAGCUCAACACAACCAUCUCCCCAGAUAGAGAACAAGGUGUUUGACCACCACAGACAUGACUCCCAUCUGCAUCUCCAGGGCCACGGCAGGGCUGGGAAGAGGGUUCAUAUCCCAGAGGUGGUGGAGAAGACCUUCCCGGCAGACCUGCAGCUGCCUGGAGUCUUGGCGCUGCCCAUGCCCGAGCCCAGGGAACUGGAGCUACAGCGCCGCAACACAGGAGACUUUGGCUUCUCCUUGCGCCGCACAACCAUGUUGGACCAGCAGCCUGAUGGUGGGGCCUACCGCCGCGUGGUUCACUUCGCUGAGCCUGGAGCCGGGACCAAGGACCUGGCGCUGGGGCUGGUGCCUGGAGACAGGUUGGUUGAGAUCAACGGGCACAACGUGGAGAGUAAGAGCCGGGACGAGAUCGUGGAGAAGAUCCGUCAGUCUGGGGACUCUGUGAGGCUGAAGGUGCAGCCCAUUGUGGAGCUGAGUGAGCUGAGCCGCUGCUGGCUGAGGAACAGCAGAGAGGCCUACGAUGUGAAGACUGAGGAGCAGAUAGCUGCUGAGAAGGCCUGGUACGGGACUGAGAAAGUAUGGCUGGUUCACAAGGAUGGAUUUUCCUUGGCGACCCUGUUGAAGACAGAGCCAGGCAGUCUGCCAGAGGGGACAGUCAAGAUCAGACUGGAGAGCGACGGCUCGUUGCUGGAUGUGGAUGAGGAUGAUGUGGAGAAGGCAAACCCUCCAUCGUUUGACCGCGUGGAGGACCUGUCCUCACUGCAGUACCUCAAUGAGUCCAGUGUGAUGCACUCCCUGCGCCAGCGCUACGGGGGCAACCUCAUCCACACCCAAGCUGGACCCAACAUGGUGGUCAUCAACCCCAUCAGCGCUCCCUCCAUGUACUCUGAGAAGGUGAUGCACAUGUUUAAGGGGUGCAGAAGGGAGGACACAGCGCCUCACAUCUAUGGCGUGGCCCAGUCAGCCUAUAGGAAUCUGUUGACUACCCGUCAGGACCAGUCCAUUGUGCUUCUGGGAAAGAGUGGCAGCGGCAAGACCACCAACUGUCAACACCUGGUUCAGUACCUGGUCACCAUCGCCGGCAGCACUGGCAAGACCUUCUCUGCGGAGAAGUGGCAGGCAGUCUACACCAUCCUGGAGGCCUUUGGGAACAGCUCCACCUCCAUGAAUGGAAACGCCAGUCGCUUCUCUCACAUCGUGUGCCUGGAUGUUGACCAGGCUGGUCAGGUGGCCUCGGCCUCCAUUCAGACCAUGCUGUUAGAGAAGUCAAGAGUGACCAGGCGGCCAGAGGGAGAGUCCACUUUCAAUGUCUUCUACUAUAUGAUGGCUGGAGCUGACAGUUCUCUCAAGACUAAGCUGCACUUCAACCACUUUGCCGAAAACAGUGCUUUCGGAAUCGUGCCUCAACCCAAGUCUGAAGACAAGCAGCGGGCCUCCCAGCAGUUCACCAAGCUGCAGGCAGCCAUGAAGGUCCUGGGCAUCAGUGGGGAGGAGCAGAGGGCCUUCUGGCUAGUCCUGGGGGCCAUCUACCACCUAGGAGCUGCAGGAGCCACCAAGGACGCAGACAAAGCCGGUAGGAAACAGUUUGCACGUCAUGAAUGGGCGCAGAAGGCUGCCUACCUGCUGGGCUGCACUCUAGAAGAGCUCUCCUCCUCCAUCUUCAAGCACCAGGCCAAGGGCCCCCUGCCCAGAGCCAGCUCUAUACGUCAGGGGACAGACGAUGCAGCAGGAGACUUCUCAGGUUCCAAGGCCACAGCCAUGGAGUGUUUAGAAGCCAUGGCAUCUGGGCUGUACUCAGAGCUCUUCACCCUCCUUGUCUCCCUCAUCAACCGUGCUCUGAAGUCCAGCCAGCACUCUCUGUGCUCCCUGCUCAUUGUGGACACCCCGGGCUUCCAGAACCCUCGCCUGGCCAAGCGGGAGCGCGGAGCCACCUUUGAAGAGCUCUGCCAUAACUACACCCAGGAGCGCCUGCAGACACUGUUCUAUCAACGCACCUUUGUACAGGAGCUAGAGAGAUACAAAGAGGAAAACAUAGAGCUUGCGUUAGAUGACAUGGAGCCCAGCACAUCUCUGUCUGUAGCUGCAGUAGACCAAGCGCCAAGUCAAGCCCUGGUGCGGACGCUGAGGACUGAUGAGGCUCGGGGCCUGUUGUGGCUGAUGGAAGAGGAGGCUCUGCAGCCUGGGGGUUCAGAGGAUACUCUACUGGGACGCCUCUUCAUUUACUAUGGCCCUGCUGAGGGAGGGAGCAAAGGUCACACCUUGUUGCUGAAGAGUGGGAAGCCGCAUCACUUUCUGUUGGGUCACAGUCAUGGGACAGACUGGGUGGAGUAUGACGCCCGUGGUUGGCUGAGCCAUGCCAAACAGAACCCUGCCUCUACCAACGCAGGGAGUCUCCUGCAGGACUCCCAGAAGAAGAACAUUAGUGGUCUGUUUAUGAGCCGAGGAGGCGGGGCCACCACCCUGUCAGGCUCCAUCGCAGGCCUGGAGGGUGUUUCCCAGCUGGCCUUGCGGCGCGCCACCAGCAUGAGGAAGACUUUCACCACUGGAGUGGCGGCCGUCAAGAAGAAGUCCCUCUGCAUCCAGAUCAAACUACAAGUGGACGCUCUGCUGGACACUGUGCGGAGGUCCAGGGUUCACUUUAUCCACUGCUUGCUGCCCAAUGCUGAUGCCCUGCGGGCAGGCAGAGCGGAGUUGGAGGCCCAGGGGGACAGUGGAGACUCUGCCCUGAUGCAGCUGGAUGUGGUCCUGCUCCGGUCUCAGCUCCGCGGCUCCAAGCUGCUGGACGCUCUCAGAAUCUACAGACAAGGAUACCCUGAUCACAUGGUCUUCUCCGAAUUCUGCCGCCGCUUCGACGUGCUGGCACCACACCUGACCAAGAAACUUGGCCGCAACUACAUAGUGAAGGAUGAGAAGAAGGCUGUGGAGGAGCUGCUAGAGUCCCUGGACCUGGAGAAGAACAGCUAUCACAUGGGACUGAGCAGGUUGUUCUUCAGAGCAGGGACCUUGGCAAAACUGGAGGAGCAGAGGGAUGAGCAGACCAGACACAACCUCACCCUGUUCCAAGCAGCCUGCAGUGGAUACCUGGCCAGACAGGCCUUCAAGAAGAGGGAGACCCAUGACCUGGCCAUCCGCUGCAUCCAGAAGAACAUCAAGAAGAAUAAAGGAGUGAAGGGCUGGCCCUGGUGGAAGCUGUUUACCACUGUACGGCCCCUCAUUGAGGUGCAGCUCACAGAGGAACAGAUCAGAGGAAAAUGCGAGGAGAUCCAGCAUCUGAAGGGAAAGCUGGAGAAGACGGAGAAAGAGAGAAACGAAGUGAGAUUGAACAGUGAUCAACUGGAGAGCAGGAUCUCAGAGUUGUCAGCAGAGCUUGCAGACGAGAGGAACGCCGGAGAGUCUGCUUCCCAGCUGCUGGAGACCGAGACGUCUGAGAGACUGAGACUGGAGAAAGACCUGAAGGACCUGCAGGCUACGUUUGACUUAAUGAAGAAGCAGAUUGAGUAUAUGGAGAUGGAGGUGAUGGAGGCUCGUCUCCUCAGAACAGCAGAGCUCAAUGAGGACGUGGACGAUGAUGACGAUUCAGGAGGAGAGUGGCGUCUGAAGUACGAACGAGGCAUCCGGGAGACUGAGUUCACCAAGAAGAGACUUCAGCAGGAGUUUGACGACAUGCUAGAGACUGAGCAGCAGAGUAAAAGACCUCUGGAGAGGAAGCUGACAGACCUGCAGGCGGACAACGAUGAAGUGCAGCGCUCUGUGCAGCAGCUGAAGAAGAAGUGUAACAGACUGACGGCUGAGCUGCAGGACACCAAGCUGCACCUGGAGGGCCAGCAGAGCCGCAACCACGACCUGGAGAAGAAACAGAGGAAGUUUGACUUUGAGCAGAGCCAGGCCCAGGACGAAGUGCUGAGAGAGAGGACACAGAGAGAGAAGCUGGGCCGGGAGAGAGACAUGAUGACAGGGGAGCUGUUAAGUCUGUGCCAGCAGCUGCAGGACAAGGACAUGGAGCUGUGUGCCAUCCAGCUGAAGGUGGAGCAUCUGGAGGCAGAGCUAAAGGACCUGUCGUCCCAGGAGUCCAAGGAUGAGUCUUCAUUGUCCAAGACCAAGAAGACGUUCCGCGACCUGGAAGCCAAGGUCAAAGACCAGGAGGAGGAGCUGGAUGAGCAGGCCGGGACCAUCCAGAUGCUGGAGCAGGCCAAGCUACGUCUGGAGAUGGGGAUGGUGAGUCUGCGGCAGACCCACUCUAAAGACAUCGAUGGCAAGGAUGAGGAGGUGGAGGAGAUCAGGCAGUCCUGCAGUAAGAAGAUGAAGCAGAUGGAAGUCCAGCUGGAGGAGGAGUAUGAUGACAAGCAGAAAGUCCUGCGUGAGAGGAGAGAGCUGGAGGCCAAGCUGCUGUCUGCCCAGGACCAGGUGGGCUGCAGGGACGUGGAGACCGAGAAGAGGCUGAGGAAGGACCUGAAACGCACCAAGGUGCUGCUGGCUGACACCCAGAUCAUGCUGGACCACCUGAAGAACAACGCCCUCAGUAAGAGAGAGACCGCCCAGCUCAAAAACCAGCUGGAGGAGUCAGAGUUCACGUGUGCGGUGGCGGUGAAGUCUCGCAAGGGCAUGGAGAUAGAGAUCGAGGACCUGCACAUCCAGAUGGAGGAAGUGGUCAAAGUCAAGAUGUCGCUUGAGGAGCAGGUGUCACGUCUGCAGAGGGAGAAGAAUGACCUGCAGUCUCGUAUGGAGGAGGACCAGGAGGACAUGAAUGAGCUGAUGAAGAAACACAAGGCUGCCGUCUCCCAGUCUGCCAGAGACCUGGCCCAGAUCAGUGACAUCCAGGUCCAGCUAGAGGAAGCCAUGAAGGAGAAGCAGGAGAUCCAGGACAAGUUGCAGUCCCUGCAGAGCCAGCUGGAGUUCCAGGAGCAGUCCAUGGUGGAGAAGUCUCUGGUCAGCAGGCAGGAGGCCAAGAUCCGCGAGCUGGAGACCAAGUUGGAGUAUGAGAGGACCCAGAUCAAACGCCUGGAGAGCCUAACAGGCCGUCUUAAGGAGAACCUGGAGAAGAUGACAGAGGAGAGAGACCACCGCGGGAAUGGAGAGAACAGGGAGAAGGAUCAGAACAAACGCAUACAGAGACAGAUGAGGGACAUCAAAGAGGAGAUGGCUGAGCUCUCCAAGAAGGAGGCUGAGGCCAGCCGCAAGAAGCACGAGCUGGACAUGGACAUAGAGAGUCUGGAGGCAGCCAAUCAGAGCCUGCAGUUGGACCUCAAGCUGGCAUUCAAGAGGAUCGGAGACCUGCAGGCCGCUAUUGAAGACGAGAUGGUCGACAGUGACGGAGAAGAUGACCUCAUAAACAAUGGUGAUGACUUGGACACGGACUCAGAGGUGGAGGACAGUGUGGACGAUGUUAAGUCCUGGCUGUCCAAGAAUAAGGGAUCCACCAAGACCCUGUCAGCUGAGGGCAGUCUGAAGAGCUCCAGCCCUCCUCUGUACCGGAGACACCUCAGUGUAGAGAAGGAGAGGGGUUCCAGCAGACACUCUGGGAAUGAAAGUGACGAUGAUGCAAUGCUGGCAGAGUCCACAGCGUAACAGAGACUAAUGCUACAUCUCUCUCUUUAACCACCAACCUACACGUACAUACCAGAGACGGAUGUACCAUCCUUUAUAUGCUCAUAAUACCCCUCCCCCAUACCAUUCUCAUAUGAACAUCAGUGAGCAAUGCUAGCUAGCACCAGAGGCAAGGGCAGGGGAAAGUCAGAGUGCACAUACAGCUUUUAUUGAAAUAAAACAUGUUCUAGCCAUUUUCACUUGCUACUAAGAGCUUUGAAAAGAACAAUCUCUCACAACAUAUUUUCCACCUCAACUCUACAGCUUUGAAGUGAUAUAGAGUUUAUCACCACUGGCUUAUUUAAGAUAGCCUAUGAAAAGCAGAUACUUUUGUACAAUUUCAGCCAGUAUUUUUGAAAGUGUAUUUCAGCCAGUAGUUUUGAAAGUGGUGCUCACGAGCCGAAAGUGUUCCCUGUUUUUUUGGUAGUACGUCAUAAUGUCAUUUGUUAUGAAUUUGGAUCCCGGAGUGCAUCUUUAAGCUCCUGUUGUCAUCUCUGUUUGAGGGCUGGAGAGCUUGUGACGCGCAUGUUUGCAACAGAAGGUCUGAUAUAAUCCCUGGAUGAAUUGUCUCAUGUAGGAUAUAGAUGUGUCGUUCCACUAAUUGGGUGCCUUUUGAGUAGUAUAACAACUCAUUUUAAAAUUCUGUCAUAAAGAGCACAUGCGCCUUCUUAAAAAACAUGUUUUCCUGUCUCAAGACGGGAAACAGGGAGGCGCAAUUGAAAGUAAGCUUCACAAAAAAGUAUCAUUGUUAAAUGUCUAUUCCGUCUACCUUACGGUAACGGAGUUGACAUGUUCUGUUCAACCCGUUCACUCCUCCACCACAAAACACCAGAACAUGGCUGGAAAUAGAACCAGCUCGCUCACCUGCUUUUCCACUAGGAUUUUACUAUUAGAUGUUAAAUGUUUCUUUUAGAAGAAAAUACACAAAAAUGCAUAUUUUCAGCACAUUAAAAUGAGAGUUCAGUUCACAUAGCAGGUCGACCAUAAAGGAGACCCAUUUUUAUUUUUUAUAACCAAAUCUCAAAAAGGUCCAGACACCUUUUUGUGAUUUCACAUGUUUUUGUGAAACUUACUCCAAACAGCAAAUCACUCUCAUCCUCGUUGUGUAGUAUGUGGGCCAACAAAACACAUAAACAAAGGCUCCAAAAACACCUAAAUAUGUCCUUUUCGAAACAUCAAAGCUCUCAGUAUAGUGAUACAGGUCUUUUAGAUGUUGUACACAUGAAAUUGUGUCAUUCCAAACUUUUUCCGCAAUGUUGUAUUCCAAUUUGUUGCGACUCGAUCGAUACCGCUUUGUAAAUGGGUGAUACAAAGUGUGUAGUCUAUUGAAAGCAUGGGUUGCUUCUCCACAGGAAGUUCCAGCCCCUCGUAGAAGAGCUUUUCAGGCAGCUUGUGGUGGCCCAACACCCUAUUAAGACACAAUGUUGGUGUUUUCUUUAUUUUGAAAUAAAGAGAUUUGGUUGUAAAAAAUAACUUCUCCUUUAAAAUGAGGGACAGAUGUAAACAAAUCACUAAUCACAUGAAAUAAAUCAUAUUCUUCAGAAAUGGCUUUUUGUCAAAGCAGCAAAAUAACUAGGGCUUAACCACAAUGGUGAACAUGGAGACAUGUUGGGAUUAAGAGGGUUAAGGGACAUGUCGAAAUGAUGAAAACAUUUUUCAUAUAAAAAUCUGAUUUAUUGAAUUCUCCAUGUGAUCUAUAUUAAAGGGCACUUAAAUGAAUACAAGUCUUUUAAAAAUGUCAUAUUGGUGCACAGUUUCUACUUAAAAUAUUAAAGGAAUGCAAAAAGGCUCUAAUUUCAUGGAACGAAUUUGGCCUUACUGAGUGACAAUGAUAUCCUUUAGUUUAACCUUAUGCAUUUUCAGUCGUAAAUAUGGAAUUAUGUAUCUAUGUCCACAAGUGUGUUUUCAUGUGUCCAUAUCUCCAUUGCUCCUGUCUGUUCAUGUGCAUUGGAAGGAAAUGUUUAAAGUGUGUGGGACAGACUAUUUUGCAUAUCUUCUCAGUGGGAGCUUAACUCUGCGUAUCUUUUCCCAUUUCCUGUUUAUCUAUGCAUUAGAUACAAAUAUUAAUACGGAACAUAGGAUAAUUUGAUGUCAAUGCUUCCGAGUAGUGAUUUGUUAAAUCAAAUGUAUGUUUGCAUCUUGAGGCAUUUUUGGUUUUACACACAUAAUAUAUACAAUGUUUGAAAUGAUUCUAUGAUUCAUCAUAGCUUUUCAAACUGUUUUGUUUGUUUUCAUUAUUGAACAAUUUACCACUUGUGAUAGGAAUUAUUUUUGCUUUAGUUUUAAUGUAAAUAAAUGCAGGUGUUUGUUUA